UUGCUCUCGAAUUUUAUAUUCGGCCCUCGGAUUGGUAUUUAUUUCAAUCAUCGCAUCAGGCCAUCAGGCCAGGCCCAUCCCCUGGUUCGAUCUCUUCGUCCCCAUUCUUCCAUUCUUCCGAGAAGUAGCAGCGAGAGAGAGAGAGCUUCUCUUCUACAAUGAGAAAGGUGACAGAACGCAUCCCCUUUCUCUUCCUCAUCUUUCUUUCUGUCCUCGUCUACCCAAGCCUGUGCUACUACCUGGACAGCUCGUGCUAUGGCACGGCCAACUACACCACCAACAGCACCUUCCAGAGAAACCUCAACCAAGUCUUCCUCAACCUCACCACCAACGCGCCGCUCACCGGCUUCUAUGCUGCCACGGCCGGCGAGGGCACCGACCAGGCCGCCUACGGCCUCGUCCUCUGUCGCGGCGACGACCCUGACUACGUCUGCCGCAGCUGCUCCUCAGAUGCAGCUUCUCAGAUCGUGUCUCGCUGCCCCGGCGUGAGAGCCGCGGUCAUAUGGCUUGAUGGGUGCCUGCUCCGCUACGAAGACUCCAAUUUCAUAGGCACCAUCGCCACGAGUCUCAGGUUCAGCAUGCCGCAGUCCGGCAACAACUCGAACCCGGGGUUGUUCGGCCGGCAGCUGGGCCAGCUCAUGGCCAACCUCUCUUCGUCGGUGACCGGCAGCGCGUCCAAUUUGAGGUUCGCGACCGGAGAGAUCGUAUUCCAGGGCUCGCAGAAGAUAUACGGGAUGGCGCAGUGCACGAGGGACAUCACCAUGUCUAACUGUACCAGCUGCUUGGCGAACGUGGUGACGGAGAUACCAACCUGCUGCAGCGGCCGCAACGGGGGAAUCGUCUACACGGUGAACUGCGGAGUGAGGUAUGAGGUGUUCCCCUUCACCUUGCAGCCCGGAACUACGGCGUCCCCAAAUGGGGAUCGGACCACCAAUGGCUCCUCUGCUGCCCCCAAUGGAACCAGUUCAAGCAGUAGCAGUUUAAGAAGAAGCAUUAUCAUCACUCUCUCCAUUUUGGUCCCUUCAGCAUUUUUGCUUGUUGGAGCUGCGUAUCUACUGCUAUGGAAGAGAAAAGCGGGAUCUCACAACGAAACGAAAGGAGAUGGGGAAAUAGAAGACAUAGAAUCAUUGAUUUUCAGCUUGGGGAGCAUAAAAUCUGCUACCAACAACUUCUCCGAGGCAAAUAAGCUUGGGGAGGGCGGAUUCGGUCCCGUCUACAAGGGGAUACUGCCAGGAGGAAAAGAGGUAGCAGUGAAAAGGCUUGCAAGAAGCUCAGGCCAAGGAAUCACGGAGUCCAAGAAUGAGGUCCAUCUGGUAGCCAAGCUUCAGCACAGGAACCUUGUCAGGCUUCUCGGUUGCUGCUUGGAAGGAUCAGAACAGUUGCUUGUUUAUGAGUUUGUGCAGAACCAAAGCCUCGACAAGAUUUUAUUUGAUCCACUUAAACGUGUGCAGCUUGAUUGGACAACGAGAGUCAAAAUCAUCUACGGCAUAGCAAGAGGACUCCUAUAUCUUCAUGAAGAUUCCCGUCUAAAGAUAAUUCAUAGGGAUCUGAAAGCCAGCAACGUCCUGUUAGAUACCGAAAUGAACCCUAAGAUCUCAGACUUUGGAACAGCAAAGCUUGUCACCAUAGAUCAGACACAUUGGGACACGAGCAUGAUUGCUGGCACUUAUGGUUAUAUGGCACCUGAGUAUGCAAUGCGAGGUCAGUUCUCUGUCAAAUCCGAUGUUUUCAGCUUUGGGGUUUUAUUGUUGGAGAUACUUAGUGGUCAGAAGAAUAAUUUCUCACACGAAUCAUUGUUUUCCCAAGACCUUCUUUGCUAUACCUGGAGGCUGUGGAGAGAGAGUAAAACAAUAGAAUUGAUGGACCAAACACUCGGUGAGUCAUAUGAAGCCAAUGAAGCAUCAAGGUUCAUUCAAAUUGGGUUGCUCUGUGUUCAAGAAGAUGCAGUUCACAGGCCAACUAUGUCUUCUGUUGUUGUCAUGCUUAGUAGCAGUUCCAUGCCUCUUCCAACUCCUUUUCCUCCUGCACUUCUCAUGGAUAAGAGUACAAGUGAGACAGAAACAGUUACAAGUGUGUCAGUUCCUGGUAAAGGUGAACCAAAUGGAUCACAGCCUUCAUCCGCUGAUGGCACAACGUGUUCAAGGUUAGAUGCCCAUAAAAGUUAAGGGCUUCGUGCCACAUUUAUUGUGGUGCAAAACGUUGCAUCAGCAAAAAUCAAUGCAAAAUUUAUGGUUGAAGUGUUAGCGUGGCUAUUUGCUGUUUAUUUUUGUCUUCUACAUCUUUAACGAGGAUUAAUGAGGAUUGAAGGCAAUCUCUUUCGAACACACAUCUUUUUGUUCUCCUGCCUUGGAAACAGCAGGAUUGCAAUUUACAAGUAGGUCAGUUACCUCAGAUUGUUAAAAGGUUUCUUGAAAAACAGCACCAUGCUGCAUUGAAUGCAACAGCAUCAAACCGACUCCUGAUUAGAAGAUUUGAACAGCUUAUUCAAUUUAGGGCAAUGCAGACUUGUCAGUGGAUGGAAGUUGUGGCAGUGAUGUUUCUUAUGUAAUCCACAGAAAGGUAACAUAAAGAGAAGCACAUGCCAGAAAUGAGAACAAGAGAUCUGUUAAAUAGUGUUUUAGAAGAUCAGUGGUACUUUUGGUCUAAGAAACAAAAUGAACAUGUCCUAGUAUGAUAUUCAUGAGAGCUGCGCAAAAUCUCAAUUAGGCAAAGCAUCAGCUCAAAGGUAUAAUGCAAGUUCUUUUUUCUCUUCUUUUUCCAUUUUUUAAAUUUUAAAUUGAAGUCAAAAACCUCGUUCUUGUGACUCUAAUACAUUCCGCUAUGUACUUAAUCCAUAAUAUAAUGUUCAAGGCCUGAAACAUCUUCCACUUA